AUGGACAGAAACAGUCAUCACGUUGACGUAGUCAAGUUGAUCCGAGAUGAAUUGAAGGAAGUGCCUCAGAUUCCCGAGUGUUGUAUCUAUAGAGUUCCUUUUCGACUUAAGAGUGGCCCAUUUAGGGAGGGGAAAGAGGAAGUUUACAUUCCCAAGGUAGUUUCUAUUGGUCCACUUCACCAUGGCAAUAAAGGCUUAGAAAAGAUGGAAGAAAAGAAAAUGAUUUAUCUAAAAGAUUUUCUUGAACGGAACGAUGUAAGUUUGGAGCACUGUGUUGAUACUGUAGAGGAAAGCCUGGGAAAGAUACGUAAAUGUUACGAAGAAAGUCUUGGGUACAAAGAAAAUGAACAUGAACUUGUGAAGAUCAUUCUAGUGGAUGCUGUUUUUGUUAUCGAGACUUUAUUGAAAUGUCGGUACGAAAAUUUUCGAGAUGAUAACGACAGAAUGUUUAGACCAUUUGUUUUACCGGAUGUCAGGACUGAAUUUCUGCUGCUUGAAAAUCAGUUGCCCUUCUUCAUCCUUAAGGAGCUCUUUAAAUUCACGAAGGACAUUAAUAUUUCGCUGAUUGAUUUUUGCUUCUCUUUCUUAUCAAGUUGUUAUAUUUUUUACCAAUGGCCAGAAGAAGAAUAUAUGGAACAAAUAAAAGAUACGUAUGAACCAAAGCAUUUAGUUGAUCUCCUCUGGAAAAUUUCUGCACCAUUGGUUCCACAUGAAGGAGAAUCUUGUGAAUCUGUACUCAUUCCUAGUGCAACUCAACUACAUCAGGCAGGAGCUAAGCUUAAAAAAGGAUCAGCUAAGCUUAAAAAAGGAUCAGCUAAAAACUUAUUGGACAUACACUUCGAGAAUGGGACUUUAACAAUCCCAAAAUUGUUAAUUGAUGACGGUACAAAAAUAAUAUUAAGAAAUCUAAUUGCCUUUGAGCAAUGCCAUAAUAGCAAGAUCAAUUACGUAACUGUUUACAUAACAUUCAUGGAUUCCAUCAUUGACACUCCAAAGGAUGUGGAUUUGCUUGUUCAGGAAGGAAUUAUUGAAAAUUGGCUAGGUGACAGCAGCGAAGUGUCUAGCUUAAUCAACAGAUUAGGAGAAGGGAUCCAUGUCUCCAUCGAUUUAUAUCAUGCUCAACUUGCCAAAAAUAUCAACUCGUACUGCAAAAACCCAUGGCAUAGUUGGAAAGCAAACUUAAAACAAAAUUAUUUCAACACGCCAUGGGUAAUCAUUUCUUUCUUGGCUGCUCUUGUUCUAAUCGUGCUCACCAUUAUACAGACAGUAUAUUCUAUCAUCUCUACUUAA